CCUCGAAGGCCUGAGAGCAGCACCUCUCCGGUGCCAGGAGAGCCCCCUUGCUUGCUCGCUCGCUCCGGCCCUCCUUCCUUCCUCCGGGGCGGGGAAGCGGGCAGCAGGGGGCGGCGCCAGGAGGAGGCACCCUGCCCUGCCCUGCGGUGCAAGCCCGGUCGCCGCUGCUCCGGCUCCGCGGGCCACCUCUCUCUCGCCAUGCUACCUCUCCGCUUCGGCCUCGUCCUCGUCCUCCUGUGCGCAGCCGGCAGCCGCGCGCAGCGGGCGGAGGACGAGCCCGAGAGCCCGAGCGAAAGUGCGCCCCGGGAGCUGCAGCUGGAAACCCUGGUGGAGCCCCCCGAGGACUGCGCGGAGCGCUCGGCGCUGGGAGACACGCUCCACAUCCACUACACGGGUACCCUUGAAGAUGGCCGCGUCAUUGACAGCUCUCUGUCCCGUGACCCACUGCAAGUGGAGCUGGGCAAAAGACAAGUCAUCCCAGGUUUAGAACAGGGUCUGCUGGAUAUGUGUGUUGGGGAAAAACGCAGAGUCAUCAUCCCCCCUCACCUGGCAUACGGCAAACGAGGUUCCCCACCCGCUGUCCCAGCUGACGCAGUCCUCCAGUUUGAGGUGGAGCUGGUGGGGCUGUCCAGAGCCACCUACUGGCAGAAGAUGCUGAAUGACGUGCUCCCCCUGCUAUGCAUCGGGCUUGUCCCUGCGCUCUUGGGGCUCAUUGGCUACCACCUGUACCAGAAAGCCCGGGCACCCCGUGUCUCCAAGAAGAAACUCAAAGAGGAGAAGAGAAACAAGGCUAAGAAGAAAUAAAGUGCCUCCUCAUCUUUUUGGACAUG